GCCGGCCCCAGGCCAGCCCUCCCCGCUCGCCAGACCCCCACCCCAAGCAAGCCCGGCCUGCAAGAGGGCCCCAGGCCGGGGGGAGGCCGCGAGUGGCGACCCGCUCUUCCCCCGCAGGCCGCCCUCCGCCGGGGCCCCGGGAGCCCUUCCGCGCCCGCCUUCCCUCUGGCUGUCUCCAGCCCGGCCGAGCCUGGGUGGGCCUCCGCGCCCUCCUCCGGCCCUGCUGGCCCCGCGCCUGCUCUGCACGCCCCGUUUCCUGCUGCUGCUGCUGCUGCUGCUGCUCCCGCCUUGGGGUGGGCCAGCCCCUCUCCAGACAGAGCACCCCACGGCCUUCGAGUAGGGGAUGCCGCCGGCUCCGCGCGUGAGGCACAAAACCUCACGCUGCCUGUGAAACUGGUGCCUCUGUGCAUGCCGCAUCUGCACAUUUGUGGCCCCGUGUGACUUCCAGAUGGAUAGAAUGAGCCAAGGUGAUUCGAACCCAGCAGCAGUCCCCCAUGCAGCUGAAGAUAUCCAGGGAGAUGACAGGUGGAUGUCACAGCAUAACCGAUUUGUCUUGGAUUGCAAGGACAAAGAGCCCGACGUACUGUUCGUAGGGGACUCCAUGGUGCAGCUGCUACAGCAAUACGAGAUAUGGCGAGAGCUCUUCUCACCCCUCCAUGCACUGAAUUUUGGAAUUGGAGGGGACACAACAGGGCAUGUUCUGUGGAGAUUGAAGAAUGGUGAGCUGGAGAAUAUUAAACCCAAGGUCAUUGUUGUUUGGGUUGGAACAAAUAACCAUGAAAAUACAGCCGAGGAAGUAACUGGCGGCAUAGAGGCUAUUGUGAGACUGAUAAAUACACUGCAGCCCCAGGCCAAGAUUAUUGUCCUGGGCCUGCUACCACGUGGUGAGAAGCCAAACCCCCUGCGGCAGAAGAACACCAAGGUCAACCAGCUCCUGAAGAGCUCCCUGCCCAAACUCCCCAACGUCCAGCUGCUGGAUGUGGACGGGGGCUUCGUGCACUCAGACGGCACCAUCUCUUGCCACGACAUGUUUGAUUUUCUGCACCUCACAGGCACUGGUUAUGCCAAGCUCUGCAAACCCCUCCAUGAACUGAUCAUGCAGCUGCUGGAGGAGACCCCUGAGGAGAAGCAGGCGACUCUGGCCUGAGCAGCCCGGCCCAGCAGUGUUCAGGGCAACCCAGCUCCAUCAGUGCAGUUCUUCUUCUUCUUCUUCUUCUUCUUCUUCUUCUUCUUCUUCUUCUUCUUCUUCUUCUUUUAACCUGGCACUACAGAGUUGUCCUCACUCAGCACUUUCCAUUGUUGGAUGUUGCUAAGUGUUGUAUUUAGCAGUGGAAAGCAGAAGAGGGUGGCGGGCGGGCGGCGUCACAGCACACGGGCCAGCCAAGCACUGUUGGGGAUGGUCUCCGCCGCUGUAGGUUGAAACUGACCGGAGGAGGAGGAGGAGGAGGUCACUUUGCCAUUUUCCGUUUACAGUGUAAACAUGCCUGUCCCGUUGCUGUUGCCCCACCAGUGUCCCCCCCCCCCCGCCACCGCUUCAUGUCAAUAGCCCCUGAGUCUUCCUCUGUCUUAGCUCCCUAGCUACACUCACAUUCCACUCCCUGAAUUCAAAAGUAGCUGCUGCUUUAAAAAAUUGAAUUGUUUGGAGAGUUUUAAUACUUAUUGGGGUUGGGUUUUUGUUUUAAGUGACACUGGCUGCUUUCUGGCUUUGGCAAAAAAGCAGGAUACAGCUACUCAUGACAGCUUCAGACAUGUGAAGAAUUAGGUGUUGAGGGAGGGAACUCCUUCAACAGAGCCUGUUUUUUGUUUCUCUAGCUUGAUAGAUGGCGUUCUCCUUGUGGGGUGGGGGGGGAUGUCCCCUUGUGUGUCCCUGAUAGAAGCUGUCCCCCGCCACCCGGCUUUGGAGCCUGGUAGAGGCCCACCACUUCCACCAAUGUGAAACUGACAUUUCUUCUCGCGGUGGGGUCUCGUGCUGCAGGGUGCUGUGUGGAGCUGCUCGUGUUCAUUGGUUUAGCACUCAAAAACAAGAGCAAAGAGCAUAUGACUUACUCCCCCGCCCCCGAAAUAACAAUCCAGAUGUUUCCCUUCUUACAAGGCCUGAAGCAGGCUGAAGCUUUAUGAGUUACAAGGUGUAUAUUUUUGUUUGUCUGUCUUUUAAAAGCAUUUUAUUGGAGCAAAUGAGGCCUCUGACAUUGAAGGGGGGAGUCGAGCUGCAGCCAUUCUCAUCUCCUGAGCAUGCUUCCCAUCCGGCAAAGGCACCUGUUGUGGAGAGCAAGGACUCGGUAUGACCAGAGCUUUUUAUAAGGAGAACAUAACGCCUUAAUUUGGGUCGAAAUGUAUGAAAGGAUUCCCCCUUUUAAAGAAAACCUCUUCCAGAUUUCUGGAUUUGGAGGCCUCGUAAUUCAACGUAAGUUUUUUGUUUUUUGUUUAAAGCAAAGAUCCUUCAGAUGUUUUGGCCCACCAGUCACAGCAUGAAUUGCUCCCCCACCAUGGCUGAUAAGAGUGUUGUGCUUGAGGUGUUUAUGGUUCUUUUCACUGUAGAAAUGCUGCCUCCUAGUGUUAGAGGCUUUGAGGGAGCGAGUGCAGUUUCUGAACUGCACCCUUCCUUUGUGCCCUUCAGGUAGACCACUGCCCAGCAUUCUUUUUAUUUCUUGUAUCGCCUCAGUCUGGUAGACUUCCUCUAGCAUUGAGCAGGAGGAUCUCAAAAUCACAGGGCUGCUGCUCCUGAAAGAGCAUUCUGGAGCAAGUCCUGCAACGAGGAGCACUGCCUGCUGGAAUCCUGGCCUGUGGGCUAGGGGAGAGGAAGCAAGACCGGGCUCCUUGGUACUUGCCCAGAGUGAGAUGCUUUUGUGGAGAAAGUGACACUGAGCUAAUGCUGACUAAAAAUACCUCCGCGGUGUUGCUUCUGCCCUGGUUCCGCAGCUGCUUUGUGAGCAAAACAUUCCUUUUGAGAAGAAGCUCUGGCUCGCUCUGGACUGGCCUCCGCCAGAGACCUAGGUAGUCCAGCUGUGAGAGGGGUGCUAAGCGUGCCCGGUUCCGUGAGGGCAACGGCUUCCUUCGCAGACCUGCCUCUGAACUGGCUGCUUCUCAGUUUUGCUUCCCAGUCUUGCUGGGCUGCACUUGGCCGUUUCUCCUGCAUGCUGUCCUGACUCCCAUGCAAAUGGAAGGCAGCAGCACUUUCCUGUCGUUGUGUCAAAAGGAGGGACGCUUGUCAAUAGACACAGCUGGCAAUCGGCAAAGCACCCUCACCCUGGCCCCUGCUGCAUCUCCUGGUGCCAGCAGUCGUUGUCCUGCUGCUUGGUCCCAAUCACAGGGUGUGUGCUGAGGUGGUGUUCCUCGGCUGGCUCUUCUGCUGCCAGGUGCCUCUGGUAACCUUCCACCACCACCACCUCCCUGCGGUUCAUAUAACUGGCCUCUUCUUGAGCUUUUACUUGGAUUCUCUUUUUAAUCUCGUUGCUGUUUACGGUUGUGUGCUGCAGCCUGGAAUCUUGUUUGUCCUGUGGUGUAUGAGCAUUGCCAAUUUUAUAUUUAUUGCAGCAAAGAAAAAGUGUGAAAGCAAAAGUUAAAGAAUGUUGUCUUUACCUUGUGACGCAAGUGUGGCUGUAACUGGGGGAGCACGGGAGAGAGCCCAGGCUGGCGGCUGGCUCACUCGGGUUGACAGAAAUGCCACGGAGCCCUGCGUUGUAGUGACCUUGGGAAGGGGGGAGGAGGGGGCUUCCCCUUCCCCCUUCACUGGUAGUGACUGAACCUUCCAACCCCCCGCCCGCCCCCCCAGCAAUGAUUCAGCUUUGUCAAAAUAGCAUUGAUGACUGGUAGAGCUCACUGUUUAGUGCAUAUUUCAAUAUAAAUGUAUAUGUUUCACUCAG